AUGACCAAGCUGAAAGAGAAGUUAGUCACCAAAAAGGAAAAAGGAAAGUGUGUCAUGCCCGGGGCAGUACCAGCCAGAGCGGCAGCCCACAAGGAGGAAAGUCUUGCACGGACAGAGGAGUUAGGGAGGCAGUGCCCAGCAUCCUCUAUUUGGGAGCGACAGAAGGACUUCAACACAACAGAGAGAUACCCUCAUCCUCCACUUGGGGGCAGCAGCAGAAAGUUGCUGGAAGCCAGAAACCUCCUGGUGAUUUGCGCUCUCCUGCUGCACGUGGUCUCCCCCGACCCUGAUCUUUCUGGAGCUGCCGCCGCCAUCAACCAGACCUUCAACCUGGUCCGCCACAUGCAACUCAACACCACCGUCCUUUUGCACACCUAUCUGAUUCACCAAGGCAGUCCAUUUAGCAACCCUGGCUUUGAUACCCAAAGGAUAGGUUAUGAGGGGGUACCGUCAGCCGACAUCCCCUUCCUCACGUGGUGUAACCUCAGUGACUGCGAACGCCUCAGCCACAACUACAAGGCCUACACGGAGUUCUUCGAGUUCCUACUGCUGAUCAGGAACGACCAGCUGGAGCUCAACCCGAACCAAGGGGACCUGCUGGAGAUGCUGAAGGUCACCCAGCUGCAUAUCAGAGGCCUCCUCAGCAACUUGACUUCCAUCAUGGUGGCCUUGCAGUUCCCAGUCACCAGGCCCCAGGACACUCUCCCCUUGCAGGCGGCUGGAGCCAACAACUUCGAGAAAAAGGUGCGGGGGUACGUAGUGUGCCUCAGGUACAAAGAAUGGAUCGACCGGACAGUGAAGGACUUUGCUCGCCUCACAACGAAAUUCCCCCUGCCCAGCUUCUCACCCUAA